UAGCUAGGCAUUCUUCUUGGUUUUUUUUAAAAUCACUAAGCAUGAAUCGAGCUUUUCUUAUGAAAAGCUUCAAUUAGAAAACAAAUUUUACAAUUAUUAAAAAUAUGAAAUUUCACCAUAAAUGGUGAGAUCCUGCCGGAUAUUUAGUACAGGAAGUGCUUCUUUUUAUGAAAUAAAUAUCUGAUCACAUUCUUGACUCGCAUCGUUGUCGUCAAACCAGACAUUGCUUCCUUAACAUUGCAUUCUUGUGUCUCCUAAAGAAAAUAAAAUUCGCCAUGGCUGAGGAAGAAGCAAGAUUAAAGGCUUUGCUGGAAAAAACAGAAGACUUUGAUGAAAGACGUAAAAUUAGAUCUGAGCUACGAGCAGUGCGAAAGAAGAUGUUGGAUGCUAUGAAUGCAACAGCAGAAGCAGAAUCAAAUGAGAGAGCUGCAAGACGCGCAGAACGAGCAAGAACAAGAAAGGCAGAAGAUGAAAGUAGUAGUUAUAAAGGUGCAGUUAUUACAGAUGAAAUUCUAACAGCAAUGGAUAAUGAAGAGUCUCUUCAAACACUUUUGAAUGAAAUUCCAACAUCUCAGAUUGAAGAUCGCAGAAGGAUUCGUGCAAGGCUACGUGAAGUCAAAAGAAAUAAAGAAAACAUUGCAACAUCUCAACCAACAAGAGUAACAAAAGAAGAGAUACAGAAAAUUGAUGAAAACUUAAAUACAACAGAGAGAAGUCAACAAGAUAACAUCGAUUCAUUUUCUGAUGGCCUUGAAAAUCAAAGGCAGUCCAAAACAAAUGAUGAUAUUACCAUGGCAACCUUAUCAUAUGGCAAUCGUUCAAGAGUUGAUAACAAUGAAGAAAUUUGUGUUAAUGAAGAAACAAAGAGUAUAGAGGACAAUAAGCAAGAAGAUGAAUCUUCUAAGGAAUCAGAAAAAAUAUCAAAUGGUAAUGAUGGUUUAUAUAUGAAAUUGAGUUCAAGCCAAUGUGAGGCAGUAAAUAUCGAGACACUAGCUGAGACAGAGAGUGUUGGUAAUAUGCAAUUUGAAGUAGUGCUUCAACAGAGUACUGAUCAAAAUGAUAAUAAGGAACCCAAAGGAUCUAAUAAGGAUAUUGGAGAUGUUGAAAAAUCAAGCAAAGAUAAUGUGCCAUCAAGAGAAAAUCAAGAAACGAUUUUGGUUGAAGAAAAGAAUAAUCAUGAUCAAUUGGCUGCAAAGGUAACGGUAAAAGAAAUUUCUGUUAAAGAUAAAAAUGACAAUGACAAUGUUGAAAAAGAAACAAAUGUUGUUGAGGAAAUUUCACUUCAGUUUAAUGGUGAUGAUGGAAAUUUCAGCAUUGAUAAUGAUAGAAAAAGCACCAAACAACGGCAAGAUGUUAAAGAAGACAAAAAAAAAAUGAAGAUAUAGAAAAUAAAUCACGUAGAUGGUAGAAAUACCACAACUAAUGAAAGCAAAGAGAAAAAACCUUUGUUGUUGUCAGAACAAGAUGACAAAAAGAAUCUUGGUAAGAUAAAUCAAAUUGAUUUUCGACAAAACUUGAAGAAGUCGGGUAAACUUGAUCAGGGAAAAAAUGCUGUGCAUCUUGAGAAGAAAAACGUCACUGCGGGUGCACAGAUUGAUUUUCGAACUGGAAAUCUGAAAAAAUCUGGUCGUAUUGGCGGUGGAGCUGUGAAUUUGGAGAGUAAGAUAUCAACACAAGGAGCACAAGUGGAUUUCCGCAGUAGUAGUUUGAAACCUUCAGGAAAAAUUGGUAAUAGUGUUUUAAAUCUAGAACGAAAAUCAAACACUGCUGGCGCUCAAGUUGAUUUCAGAGGUGCUUUGAAAAAAAGUGGUAAAACACAUGAGUCAGCAGGCGAAACAAAAGACGAUGCUGCAGAAUCAAAACAACAUGUUCAGAAAGAAAUUGUGAAAGAAGUUAAGAACGACGUAAGUGAUGAGUUGAAGAAGGAAAAAUCUAGAGAUGAUGAUAAAAUGAAAGCAAAUACCGCGAGCAAAAGUACACCACAAGUUCAAAUUGCUCCUGCGAAGAUAACGAAAAAGAAGGAACCUUUCUCUGUUCCCGUGAAAAAAGACAGUUCAAGUAAAACGGAAGAAAUUCAAGGCACUGUUAAAAUGAAGGAAAGCAAGGCAGAUGUUAUUCCGAAUACUUCCGAUGAUACAGGAGAGGUUGUAAAACAUAACGAUGAAGAUAAAGCAAUGGUGAACGUUGUUGUGGAUAAUGAGGGCGACAAUGCAACUGUAAUGAAUGUUAAACUCGAUACUAAAGUUUCAACUGAAAGCAGUUCUAAAGGCAAGGAAAAAUUAAAUACAAAAAGUCAAGUUGGAACAAGAUACAAACCUCAAGAUGGUUAUCGAACAACUAAGGAUUUGAAUAAGACGGCUCCAGCAAGAAAUAAAUUUUCAGAUCGAAUGGCUAAAUUUCAAUCUAAAGAUGAAACGACUGAUAAACCAAAGCAAAGUUUCUUGUCUUUUGACAAGAGAAAGGAGAACAAGAAAGAUGUUACAGUUCCUAUGAAGGACAACACAAGCAAAGAAAUAACUGUAAAGAUGGAUGGCACUGCCAUUACGUCAAAGGAAUCCAUUAGUACAGUACAAAGUAAGGUCAAUGAUCGUAUUGAAGAUGGUGGUCCUACUCGUGCGGAAAUCCACGAGGAUAAGACGAUGACUAACAAAGACAAAACGGCAAAGACUGUCAAAGAAGAAACGGCAAAGACUGCCGACGAGAAAACGGCAAAGACUGCCGAAGAAGAAACGGCAAAGACUGCCAAAGAAGAAACCACGAAGACAAGCAACGAUAGCGUGGUUAUGGAGAAAAAAGACGCUAAAUCGGCAAGCAUUAAAACAAAUGAAAUCAAAGUGAACAAUCAAAGCAAAGAAACUAAAAAGCCAGCACGGAAGACAUUUGUUGAUCCUGAGCUUCAAAAAAGGAUGGCUCAGCGUCAACGUGACAGAGCAGCUGCAAAACGUGAACAAGCAUCAUCGGCAAAAAAUAAGAGAAUGGCUUUUAUGCAGAAACUUGAGGCAAACAGUCCAGAACAAAAAGGCCAGUCGAACGUAACGAAAUCAGGAUCAAAUGUCGAAAAACUUCUUUCGUGGUGUCGUUAUAAACUUGGAAGAUACAAGGGUGUCCAACUGACAAAUUUUUCAUCAAGUUGGGCCGAUGGUUUGGCAUUUUGUGCCUUGAUACAUGUUUAUCUUCCGGAGAAAAUUCCUUACGAUGAGCUUGUUGCUGGCGGAGAUAAACGACGUAAUUUGGAAGUGGCAUUUAGUGUUGCAACUGAAGCUGGUAUUCCUGAGUUACUUGAAGUUGAUGAUAUGCUUUCGUUUGCAAGUCCAGAACCCAAGAGUGUCAUGACAUAUGUAUCAUCAAUUUAUAAACAUUUUAAUCCUUCUUGAAGUGUUUCCUUUGAGUAUUCUAGAGAAAUAUAAAGUUACACAUAAGAAUAUAUAUAGAAUAUAGUUAAAAAAGAAUUUUAGUUUAGUAAAAUUGAAAUGAGGUAGACAUGACUGCACAUGUAUUUGUGAAUUUAAAGAAUAAAAUUAUAUUUUUAUAAGUACUUUAAA